AUGAAAUGCUCAAUGGAGACAACAGACGAAGGCAAUGUUUUUAAUAAAUUUAAAAUUGAAUUAAGAUUAUUAUGGGCGGAAUGCCAAGUCGAUAAUGAAUUGGAUUUUGACCGUGUGGCUCAACAGUUAUUCGAUGAUGAUUUGAAAGUUUUAGAAGAAAUAAAAGAAAAUGCAUUAGAGGAUAAGUUUUUGUAUUUUCAACAUGAACUUCUAGAAAGUGAAAGAUUUAAAGAAAUUUGGAAGGCUAAAAAUCUGCCAAAAUCAAAUCAUACUGAUCGUGCUUUUAUCGAAUUCAAGACGGUGAUAAUGAAAAUAUUUGAAACAGAAAAUAUUAAACCAAAUACAGUGGAUCUUGACUUACUUAUGCAACAACUGUAUCAAAAUGAAGAUCAGAACAUCGCUGAUCUUUUCAAAAAUAUUCUGAUUCCUAAAAAGAUUAAACAGCUUAUCACGAAAAUUCAAUCAAAUGAAGCGUUGAAGACUAUUUGGCCAUCAAAUAUGUUAAUUUUUGGUGAUAUUAAAAGUAUAUUUAAAAAGUAUAUUAACUUUGGCGAUAGCAAUGAGGAUGAAAUUAAAAAAAUUAUUUCUGAGUUGUAUGUCAAUGCUGAUAAUGGAAUGAAGCUAAUCGAAGAUAAAUGUUCAUCAGAAAAGUUCAGCAAAAUUAAAUCGGAACUUUAUGGAAAUGCAGAGAUUAGAAGUAAAAUAUUUCAUGAAAAGAAUCUUAUUAAAUUACCGAAUAUUGAUAAUAAAAACAACGUGGUAAUGUUAUCAUCUACUACAGUUCAUUCGGCACAUGAGAAUGAACAAAAUAAGAAAUUUGAAACUAUCAGAGAACUUCAAGAGAUAAUGUUUGGUAGAGAAGAUAAUUAUCCAGAUCAAUUAUUUACAGAAAUACUACCACUAAAUUAUCAUAGUUUAGGAGAAACUAUUAAAAACAGCCUUAACAAAAUGUCAAUGCUAGACAUGAUGUUACCGUAUGUGUUAAAUAAAUUGAAGAAAGGUAUUGCUUUAUCAGAAAUUUGCGAAUUAGAAAUAUUCUGGGAUGAAGUAUCACCAUUAUUUGGAAUGGAUUAUAAAACCAUAUUUAUAUGCAUGAUUGAACGAUAUAAACGUUAUCAACUUGAUAUUGUCGCUUUGAUAAAAAAGCUUGGUAUUGCUUUACCAUUUGCCUACAGAUGGGUUGUUAAUCAGAAAUUAAUUUUCAAGAUUCCUCUUCGAGCUUAUUCAUAUUCUUUAGAUAUCGAUUGUCCUAUGGUAAUUUCAUUAGGUUCUGGUUGCAUCGGUAAAAGCACACUAUUAAACAAGAUUUAUAGUGCACAAUUCAUUACAAACAGAGCUGGGAAAAUCACUGGUGGAAUUGAUGUCAUAUUUUCAACACCAGAAUUUGCAUGUGGUUUUACCAUAUUUGAUAUUCAUGAUGAUGCAUACGAGCAAGAGGCUCUUCUAGAAGUAUUUUUUAAAAUGAUCCCGAUUGAAAACUGUUGGAUACUUCUUCAAAGUACAUCAGCUGAUGAAAAGAAUAAGAUAAUUGAAAAGUUGAAAUUGUUUGGUACAACAAAUGGUCAAAUUAUUUGGAUUGUUAGAGAUUGUAAAGAAUCAACAUAUCAGUCAACACAAACAUUAAAAGACAAUAGUCAAAUUCAGGUUUUAUCCAUUCGUAAGAUUGAAGAGAAUAAUCCUCAAUUCAAUGCAAAUUUGGCAGUUUUAAGAGAAAAACUGUUCAAAUCAACUGGUAUUGGUCAUAACUCUAGAAAGCCAAAUGAGAUUAACUUACGAAAAGAAAGCGAUAAUCUUUAUCGUGAAAUCGAAACCCGUCUAGGUCAACAACAACUCCCUGGCAUUCAUAUUGAUAUGCAAGAUGAGUCUGUAGGAAAAUGCUCUAUUUGGACUGAUGAGUAUUUAAGAAGUACCGACGGUAUUAUGGAUAAUCUGCAAGCACAUUUAUUUAAACACGUUGAAUUCAAUAAAUUAAUACAAGCUGAAGAAAAAAAGAAGGCUGGACUUUCGGGCACAGAUUCUCAAACGAAACAAACUGAAAUUACAAAAAUCGACCAGGCAAAAAUUCACUUUUCUGACAAGAAAGCAUCAACCAAACCAAGCACAUUAGUAAAAAUAUUUACUACACGUCCAAUUAUUAUAUUUAUUCUGAGAAAUAUGAUGGAUUUAAAUGUUAAUAAACAACGAGAAAUGAUUGAUACUGUCAAAAAAGAAUUAAAAGAAGUCAGUGAAUUGAAUUUUGUAUACAAUAAAAGUGAAGAACUUUUUCAAAAAUCAACAACAAACACAAAAUUUGCUAAGCUAAGCCAAGAAUUAACCGAAAGAAUAUUUUCUGAAGCCAAAGCACCGGAUCCAAGGUUCAAAAGUCUUAGUGAUUGGGUUAAACAAGCAUCGGAAAUUUGGAAAACAAUUGACUUAUAUAAUGAUAUAAUUAUGAUUGAAUCGAUUAAAGAAAUCAAUGAAAGGAAAGAACUUAGUGAUAUUGUUACUAAAAUCAUGGAAACGCUCAUUGAACCUAGCGAUGAACAGACAAGUUAUCGUUCAAAACUCGAAACAAUACUGACUCAACAAGAAAAGCUUAUUAAUAAUUCAUCACCUGUUGAUUCAGAUGUUGAACAGCGAUUUGAAAAUGAGACUAAAAUAUUUCAAGAAAAAGUUAAAAAUAAUUUCGAAAACCAAAUUAAAUCAAAAUCGUAUGCAGUAAAAUUAACGAAUGAAUACAAGGAUAGACUUUUAUCUGCUAUCACAACAAGUAAAACGCAAGCACUUCAAAAGUUUAAAGCAAUUGCAGAAAAAGGUAAACUAAAAUAUAAAAUUGAUGUCGCUCUAUCGCAAUUGCAAAACCGUAGCGAAAAACAAAUUCUUGACUGGCAAAAAGCUGAACAAAAUACCUCUACUGAGCACAAAACACAUCUAAAAAUAAAAAUAAUUAAAGAAUUUGAAGAAGUAAUGAAAAAGACUAUUUCUGAUACAGUAAAAGAAAUGAAUACAAGUAAAAAGACUCACGAACAAUGGGAAAAUUUCGUUAUGGAACAGAUCAAAUCAGCACAUGGAACAAUACCGGACAACAAAAAUAAUCUUAAAUUCAACUUAACUGCUGAUGUUCUAAAAGAAAAGGAUAAAAUCAAAGCUGCAAACCAACAGAAAGCUUUAGGAUGCAUUGAACAAUGCCCUUAUUGUGGAUGUAAAUGCACAGAAAUCGUCAACAGCCACGAUGCACAUCAUUCUAAUAAUCAUCGGCUAAUGGCAUUCAAUGGAUCAUUUGAAAAAACUACAAAUGGUAAAAAAGGCUUUGUUUUUGAUUUGUGUAACAGUGAAAAUACAAUAAAACAUAGUCGAUGGAAAGAAAAUUCACAAAGUCAAUUGACAAUUCGUGAUAGUAAAGUAAUAAGAGAAAGAAUGAAUGAAUAUUCUGUUGGCGAAGGAGAUGUGACAAUAACAUUGGCUUGGUUCGACAGCAAUGAUUUAGAUUUACAUGUAACUUGUCCCUGUGGAACUGAACUGUAUUUUAGAAACCCAAAGUGUCAUGAUUGUGGAGGAUAUCUAGACUUGGAUAUGAAUGUUUGCUUUCAUGAUGGUUCGUGUCCUGAUAAAAAGUGCUCAUCCACUAAACCAGCAGAAAAUGUAUUCUUCAAACCAGCUAAAAAAGGCGUAUACCAGGUAUCUGUGAAUUACUUUAGUGGUCCUAAAGGCAAAGCUGGUAGAUCUUCGAAAUUUCAAGUCAGAAUACAAACUCAUGCAAAUAAUAACAUUCAAACAUUUGAAGGUUGUGUUGAAGCUGAUGGUGAAAGAUGCCAUGUUAAAGUGGGGGAUUAUGAACAUAGCGACAGUAUUAAUUUUCUUGAACAUGUCAAAAAGAACUUCCCGUCUUGGAGCAAUAUUCAACCGGUUAAUGAUCAUAAAUGGGAAACUGUAUUGAAGAAAGCUUGGUGGCAAGUGGCUUCGAAAAUGAGCCAAUUCUAUGGAUAUGAAAAUAAUACACCAAACGAGUUCAAUAAUCUUCAAUACAAAUAA